UGGGCUGGUGGGGAGGCCGCUUAGGCAGGGGGCCGGGCUAAUCAUGGCUGAGGGCGGGGAGGAGGCGGAGUUCUGCUUCACAGCGGUAUAUAUAAGCGGGCAGUGGCCGCGGCUGCGCGCUGAUACUGACCUUCAGUGUGCCGGCUCCAGCACCAUGGCGCCCUCCAGGAAAUUCUUCGUGGGGGGCAACUGGAAGAUGAACGGGCGGAAGAAGUGUCUGGGGGAACUCAUCUGUACCCUGAAUGCGGCCAAGGUGCCCGCCGACACCGAGGUGGUUUGUGCACCCCCCACUGCCUACAUUGACUUCGCCCGGCAGAAACUAGAUCCCAAGAUUGCUGUGGCUGCGCAGAACUGCUACAAAGUGACUAAUGGGGCCUUCACUGGGGAGAUCAGCCCUGGCAUGAUCAAAGACUGUGGAGCUACGUGGGUAGUCCUGGGGCACUCGGAGAGGAGGCACGUCUUUGGGGAGUCAGAUGAGCUGAUUGGGCAGAAAGUGGCCCAUGCCCUAGCAGAGGGACUCGGAGUGAUCGCCUGCAUUGGGGAGAAGCUAGAUGAGAGGGAAGCUGGCAUCACAGAGAAGGUUGUUUUCGAACAGACCAAGGUCAUCGCAGAUAAUGUGAAGGACUGGAACAAGGUCGUCCUGGCCUAUGAGCCUGUGUGGGCCAUUGGUACUGGCAAGACUGCAACACCCCAACAGGCCCAGGAAGUACAUGAGAAACUUCGGGGAUGGCUCAAGUCCAACGUUUCUGAUGCAGUGGCUCAGAGCACUCGCAUUAUUUAUGGAGGUUCUGUGACUGGGGCAACCUGCAAAGAGCUAGCCAGCCAGCCUGAUGUGGACGGCUUCCUCGUGGGUGGUGCUUCCCUCAAGCCCGAAUUUGUGGACAUCAUCAAUGCCAAACAAUAAGCGCCAUCGAUCUGUUCUUCCCGCUAAGCCAGGGAUUAGGUAGUCCAGAAGCCAAGUAACUGCCCUCACCCUUCACAUGCUUCUGAUGUUGUCAUCUGCCUCCUCUCAAGACCUAAUCCACUGUACCUUCCUUUACCAUUUACACCUUUCCCCUGUGAUGGUUGGAACCACCACUUACUAUAAUGGUUAGAACUAAACAUGUCACCAAGGUGGCUUCUCCUCAACUGAGAGGUAGAAGGAAUGGAGCUCGCUCAUGGGUCCCCUCAGGCCCUGGUGAGAGCAAGAGAGAGAAACCAUGUUCCUUUCCCUUCUCACACCAAGGCCAAUAUCCUCCCCUCAGAGGCCAGGGAUGCUCCUUCUCCCAUGGUGCCAAUUCCUGUGUGUUGUGUAUGUGAGCUUUCGCACAUGUAAGGAAAAUAAAACAUCUGGCACUAAGUC